CAUAUGUUAUCAGACGAGGAUUCGGAUCCUAGUGUUUAUCUUGACGGUACUAGAGUUUAUAUUCAAGGAUCUAUGUGGGACGGAUUUGCAGAUGGUAAGGGAAACUUCACUGACGGCCCUUACGAGAUUCAAUACCCUGAAGAUUUUUUUAAAGAUACAUAUUACAAGUAUGGGUUCAAUCCGGAGAUUGGUUCGGUUGGAAUGCCAGUUGCAGCUACGAUAAGAGCGACAAUGCCUCCGGAAGGUUGGGAGAUUCCUCUGUUUAAAAAGGGUUUGGACGGGUUUGUUGAAGAAGUACCAAACCGAAUGUGGGAUUACCACAAGUACAUUCCAUAUUCUAAGCCUGGAAAAGUUCAUGACCAGAUUCUGAUGUACGGUACUCCGGAGAAUCUCGAUGACUUCUGCUUGAAG